UUCUCUUAAACCCUUCUCACCCGCCCCAUCCCUUCUGUUACCAGCCGCUGCACACUGCUCCGCGGCACGCCGUGCCGCUGCAAUUUUUGCUGCCGCAGUCUCAUCCUUCCGACGAAAUCGCCGCCGCUCCCUCCCUCUCACAUUCUCUCGCCUCUCCGACCAAUCAGAAUUAUUUAUCGUCGUUUUCUUUCUCAGAAACAUAGUGGCUCAGCCCCUAACCCGCGCCGUUGGUGAGAUAGCACUGCCGCAUCUCAUCUUUUAGAUACCCGAGCAGAGGUAAGCGAUGGGUGAAGUGAUUCUAGGUUUUCCAGGGCCUUGGGCUGAUGAUAAUCUUGAAGCCUCUGAUCAUUAUACUACAAAAGUUGGGGGGCUUCCUGACUUACCUUUUCAAAAUGUCAAUCCCACUCUGCUAGACUGUUCUCAGUGUGGAAAUAAAUUAUGCCUUGUUUUACAGAUUUAUGCUCCAGUUUCCAUAGAAAGAACAAGGAUAGAUGAGCGUCUCCUCCUUGUUUUUGGUUGUCUAACUCCAGAAUGUGGGAGCAGUUCACUUGGUUGGCGAGUUCUUCGUGUUCAAAAGGCACAUGAUCAGGAGUUCUCCGAAGUUUCUCAAGAAAUUGGCCCUUUGACAACAUCAACUUCAGCUCCAACGACCAACUGGUGGGAGCAAUUGGAUGACGAAAACGAUGAAGAAGUGGAUUUAGAGGAGCUAGAAAGGGCAUUUUCAGAGGUUGCAACUGAAGUUUCUCAUGCCAAGAGAACUCCUAGUAAAUUGCAUUCAAAGACUGUCUCAAAUAGUUCGAAUUUGAGCUCAGCAAGAGUGGUUGAUGUGAAAACACCAGUGGUACCAUGCUUUUAUAUCUAUAUGGAAGACAAACCAUCUUCGAAGGAUAUUUCUAUCUGUAACAAUUAUGCAUCACUCUCUAUAAAGGAGAAUCUAAGUGAUGCGGAAGAAGAAAAGUGGUCAGAAGAAGGUUACGAAUAUGACCAGGCUCUUACUGCUGAUAGAACUUACCUCAAGUUCAAGAAAAAAUUGGAUGCAUCUCCAGAACAAUGUUUCAGACACUCGUAUGGUGGGAAGCCGAUUUUGGCUAGAGCUGAGGACGGAGAAGCUGGGAAGUGCAAGGCAUGUGGUGGAUCAAGGCAGUUUGAAAUGCAGCUAAUGCCCCCACUGCUAUAUUUUCUGCAGGAAGCAGCUGAUGAAAGUCAAAAACAGUUGCUGGAGACUUGGAACUGGAUGACGCUUUUGGUACAUACGUGUUCUGAAAGUUGUUCAAAAUCUUCAGAGAAGUCAGAUGAUGGGAACUGGAUCAUCACAGAGGAAUCUGUUUUUGUGCAAUUCGAGAAGCCCCUCAAUGGCUCACCAAAAGUUGGCUUCUUCACCCCACAACACGAGCUUAAUUUGACUAAGACGUAGCAGUUUUCACAUCAAAUUUUAUCUGCCUGUAUAUCUCAAGGGCAAUUUUGUGUGUGGUUUGUAAUUUAAUGUACUCAUUCGAUUUAAACCAAAGCCGUCAAAUAUUCAUCAUCCUUACAACUGGGCUAAAUAUUUUACCAUAAUAUUCAAUUCUUAAACCAUGUU